AUGUCAGUUUACUUAAACUCACCUAUUUCGACUAAAUUUUAAUAGUUCAUAUCAGAAGAUUGUUUUAAUAUAGUUGAAUAAACUAUUGAAGUAAUAUUAUAAUUGUAUUAUCAUCAUAGUUUUCCUAUUAAAAAAUUAGUUCGAUUCUUGAUCAAAUUCUAUUGGAUUGUGAACCCUAUUCCUUCAAGUUUAUAGAUUUGUAAAGUCACCAGUAAACCCUUAACUUUAUCAUAAUCAAAUUUUUCUACAAAAUACCUACGUUCAAACCUACCAAAUUAAGUAAUUUUUGAGAUAAAAGCAUCUACAAAUUUAAUUAUCUCAAGAGAAGUUAAUAAAAAGGAAUAAAUUAUGAGAUCUGAAAAUAUGAUGUGUUCUCAAGAAUCCGAUUAACUAAUUGAAGAAAGAAGAAGAGAAUAAAUUUAAUAUUUGGGGAUCAUAAAACAAAAUGAUGAAGAAUUUCAUUUUUUUAAUAAUCAAAAAAACUUCUCUGAAAAUAAAAUAGAAAAGAUUAAAAGGGAAAGAAGUCCAUAACCUUUGAGCUAACUAAUAACAAUUCAUAUAAAUAACUAUAAUGGUGUAAUGCUAGUGCUUUAAAUAAACAAUAUUCACUUGCUAUAGCAGCAAGUCAAAAUGACUUUAAAGUAUUUUAACAUUUCAGGGGGAACUUGGAAUUACUAUAAAUAUGUUAGAAUAAAAAUCAAGUUUAUACUUUAAACUUUAUGAAGAAUUCAAACAAUUUUGUGUCCGGAUUUAUAGAUAAUUCAAUUAUAAUAUGGAAAGAAAAUGCACAUAAUUAAUGGAAUUGUGAAUAAAUAUUGAAUGGACAUUAAGGUUAGAUACUGUGUUUAUUAUUGAAUAAUAAUGAUUAUUUAAUUAUAUCGGCUAGUUUAGAUAAAACUAUUAAAUUCUGGAUGAAAUAGAAUGAGUGGAUAUGUUAAUAAACUAUUACUGAUCAUACUAAUAGCGUAAGUUCAAUUAGCUUAAAUGAAUAAUGUAAUAAGUUGAUUUCUUGUUCGAUUGAUUAAUAAAUAUUAGUAAUAGAAAGAUCACAGUUAGAUUCAUAUUGGAAUGUUAAAUAAAAGAUCAAAGUUGAUAAAUGUGGAAUUAGAUUAUGUUUUAUCAAUGAUAUGUUAUUUAAGUUUUAACCAAUUGCUCAAGAUUCAAUGCAUGUAUACGAAAUGGAUAGAAUUACUAAGCAAUAUAGUAGAACUAGCGAAAUUGCUGUUAAGUCUGGAUCUAACAGAUGUGAUAGUUUCUUUUCAUAAUUCUACGCAAAGUCAAAAUGCCUUCUAUUAAAUAAAAAUGGCAAUAUUGUGAAUUUAAUGUAAAAAAAUGGCCGCUUUGUGGUCGAAUAGUCAAAUUUAAUUUAAUGA